GAUAGCAGGGGAGCGAGAAGGGUGGCGUCUCCAAGGGAUUUAACCUCCUACCCUCACUUACAUGACGCCACCCUCUCCCUCGCUCCCUCCCUCCAAGCCUGGGACGGCGCCUCCAUUUUUGUUUUGGAGCGGAAGGGCAGGAACUCCCGCAUAGCCAGGGUCGAGGCAAACGGUGAUCAUCACCUGUGAGGGACGAGGAGGCCCGGACCGUCAUCCCAGCAACAGCCUCAGUCAUGUGACCGGCAAUGGCGGCGCUGACGAGAGGUCACACAACCUACAAGUAGAGAGCAGAAGACAGUGAGCCUGCAUGCCGAUUCUAAGCUCCUCAGGAUCAAAAAUGGCAGCCUGUGGAGGCACCUGCAAGAACAAAGUGACUGUCUCCAAGCCUGUGUGGGACUUCCUGAGCAAGGAGACCCCGGCUCGGCUGGCCCGGCUGCGGGAGGAGCACCGUGUGUCCAUCCUUAUAGACGGCGAGACUUCAGACAUCUAUGUCCUCCAGCUUUCCCUACAGGGCCCGCCCCCGGCUCCUCCCAACAGCCUCUACCUAGCCCGGAAAGCUCUCAAAGGGCUGCUGAAGGAGGCCGAGAAAGAGCUGAAGAAAGCUCAGAGGCAGGGGGAGCUGAUGGGCUGCCUGGCCCUGGGGGGAGGAGGGGAGCACCCCGAGCUGCACCGCCCAGGCCCACCCCCUCUCCGUGCUGCACCACUCUUGCCCCCAGGGGCCCGGGGGCUACCCCCUCCGCCUCCCCCACUGCCCCCUCCUCUCCCUCCCCGCCUUCGGGAGGAGGCCGAAGAGCAAGAGAGCACCUGCCCCAUCUGUCUGGGGGAGAUCCAGAAUGCCAAGACACUGGAGAAGUGCCGGCACUCAUUCUGCGAGGGCUGCAUCACUCGUGCCCUGCAGGUGAAGAAGGCCUGUCCCAUGUGUGGCCGCUUCUAUGGGCAGCUUGUGGGCAACCAGCCCCAGAACGGGCGGAUGCUGGUCUCCAAGGAUGCCACCCUCCUGCUGCCCAGCUAUGAGAAGUACGGCACCAUUGUCAUCCAGUACGUCUUCCCGCCCGGUGUCCAGGGGGCUGAACACCCCAACCCAGGAGUUCGAUACCCUGGCACCACACGGGUGGCCUACCUCCCAGACUGCCCCGAGGGCAACAAGGUGCUGACCCUGUUCCGGAAGGCAUUUGACCAGCGUCUUACCUUCACCAUUGGCACGUCCAUGACUACAGGGAGACCGAAUGUCAUCACCUGGAACGACAUCCACCACAAGACCAGCUGCACAGGGGGACCCCAGCUGUUUGGCUACCCGGACCCCACCUACCUGACUCGUGUGCAAGAGGAAUUGAGAGCCAAGGGUAUCACAGAUGACUGAAGGACACCUUCCCCCCAACUUUGCCAAGGCCCCUGCUGUCCUCUACUAGGACCCACUGGAAGCUUCUGUUCUCCUGUCCCCCCUCCAAGCCCUCCUCCACCACACACACAAGUAGGGGGCCUGUCUGACUGGGGAGGGAACUCAGAAGGAGAGGGUCUGUCCCUUGCCUUGUCCCCUACUGGUAAAGCGCUUCAGUGCCCCAUGAGCUGCUCCCUGCUGGCAGUGGCUGGUCCCCCUGUACAUACUCCCCAAUCUCCCCACACUGUCCCCUGCCCCCCAGUGCCCUGGGCUGCUUCAGGUAUGUGCUGUGUUCCAGUGACUAAACUGAGAAAGGACUUGGGUAGGGUGGGGAGGGGAGGGUCUCCGGAAUUCAGCCCCCCACCUCUGGAGGCAGAGGGAGCGAGCCCCUCCGCUCCAUGGAGCCGGCUGUGUGUGUGCGCGUGUGUUCAUCAGAUACAGUUCUCCCACCUUAACGUUGGCCUUUCUCUCCUGUGUCUGUCUGUCAGUCUCUUUCCCUCGCUCUUCUCUGACACCUUCCCACCCCCCAUAAGGAGCCUCGUUAAACCCUGUUCUGGAAUCGCCACCAGACUGUAGCUUUUAAUUUAAUAAAAAUAAAAGUAAAAUAUGCAACUCUC